GGCAGGGCGCUAAUGGCGGCCGCUGCCCCGAGCCGGCCCCGCGGCCAGCUGGUUUUUUCCCUUUUCUCGUGAGUUACGGUUCCCCAGCUCCAGUCCUGUGGAGUAUCGCUCCAAUGUCCACUAAAACGUAAGUCACACGAACCUGGGUGGCAUGGGCAACACGAGACGGUCACAGCCGGCCCCUUUGCCGGAAUCCCAGGCCCUUGUCCCCAGGGCAGGCGUUUCCACUCUGACCGGGUGAUGGGUCCGCCGGGCAGGACGAGCUUUUGGUUGGUCUUCCAAGGUUUGCUACAUCACGCCCCUGGAGUUUCUCUGGUCCAGGAUGAUCCAUCUAUAAACAGAAUGAAACCUGGAUUUCCCAAGGGUUUGUCUUUAAGAUUCUCCCAAGACUUGCUCAGACUGACAACCACCUGUUCACAGGAAUGAGGAGCCGCUCUGUCCUCAGGACUGAGACAGUGCAAGAGAAGGACUCUGGGGACAACGUGAAGAUGUCUCACCCGGAAUCUCGCUAUUCCUUUGAUGUCCCAAACAAUUGCAUCAACUUUGGGUCCCUCAGUGAUGACGAUGUGCUAAAUGCAGAUGCCUGGUUUGAUCGACAAGCCAAUCUAGAGAAUGUCCCACCUGCAGAUAAUCUGCCAAGAGUCUUGCAAAAUAGCCCUGCUUGUUCAAAGCUUGAUAGUCUACUAUCUUCUGUCACCUCUCAAGGAGUAAUGAGUGAAAGCCACAAUGCAGAGGACAGUAAAACAGAACAUGCACAGGCCAAUGUGGUUCCUCCGAAUAUUGUUGGGUCUCUGACAAGCUGGAGAGCUGCUGUUCCUGCACAGACCUCUCAAAGAGCUGGUAGAAGACAGGCUACACAGCAGAGAAAAACACAGCAAAACAAACACCUGGCUAAAGUCAAAGCUGAGAGAAAUGCUGUUGCCCUGGUUAAUAAUGAAGAGGUUCCACCACUGAAAAAAAUGAAAAUUUCUAACAGCAGAGAGAAGCUGAUGGAAGUAUCUGCAAAGAGAGAGCCCUUGCAGAAUCCUGACCAGUCCCCAGAAAGAGGGAAAAGCAAAUUGACCAUGCCCACGACGCCAGCAAUGUUGAAGAGGACAAAUCUUUCUGGCAAGCUGAAGAGUACAGAGGAGCAGGAGCUGGAAAAGAUGCAGCAAUUGCAGCGGGAGGUUAUGGAGCUGCGGAAGAAGAAUGAGGAGUCUUUGAAAGCAGCUAUUGCUGGAGCAGGACAACCUGUGAAGAGAACUAUUGGUCAAGUAACAAAGCCAAUCGACUUUCACUUCUGCACGGAGGAGAGGGUAAAAAAACAUGUGGAAAGCCAGCCUGGGCAUGAAUACAAGGAGGUCGAUUUUGCAGCAGUACUGAGGAAGCAUCCUCCUUCUCCGGUUCGAGUGCCAAAGGGGCCCACUGUCCCCAAGCCUUUCAACCUCUCCCAGGGAAACAAAAGAAAACUUGAAGAAACUACACCAGAGUAUGUGUCCCUUGCUCAGCAGGUUGAAGCAUUCCAAAAACGCACACCCUCUCGUUACCAUUUGAGGAGCAGGAAAUCUGAUGAAGGCCCAGUUCCAGGAAAGCCACUGAAGACUCGGCUUACGCACCCUAAAACACCUGUGCUUCAAACAAAGCAGCGCUUCAGACCUGCAACUUGCAAAAGUGCAGCAGAGUUGGAAGCUGAGGAAAUAGAGAAAAUUCAGCAGUACAAAUUCAGAGCAAGGGAGCUUGAUCCCAAAAUCUUAGAGGGUGGACCAAUCCUACCUAAGAAACCCCCUGUGAAGGAACUUACACAGCCCAUUGGCUUUGAGCUUGAAAUAGAAAAAAGGAUUCAGGAGCGUGAGAGUAAGAAGCAGCAGGAGGAAGAGCAUUUUGAGUUUCAUUCACGGCCAUGUCCAACUAAAAUCUUGGAAGAUGUUGUGGGUGUUCCAGAGAAGAAAGCACUUCCUGUUACAGUCCCCAGAUCUCCAGCCUUUACCUUGAAAAGCAGAACACGAUUGCCUGCCAAAGAUGAAGAGAAGGAAAAGGAGGUGGUACCUGUGAUCAAAGCUAACCCUAUGCCGCACUAUGGAGUGCCCUUCAAACCUAAAAUGCCAGAGCAGCGGCAUGUGGAAGUUUGCCCAUUCUCUUUUGAUUCUCGUGACAGAGAGCGGCUACUACAGAAAGAGAAGAAAAUAGAAGAAUUGCAAAAGGAAGAGGUGCCAAAGUUCAAGGCACUGCCUCUGCCUUACUUUGAUCAUGUCAACCUGCCAGAAAAAAAGGUCAAAAACCCAACUCAGCCAGAGCCCUUCAAUCUGCAGACUGAUGAACGGGGAGCUGCCAGGCUACAGAAUUGGAAACAGCAGCUUGAAGAAGACUUGAAAAGGCAGAAAGAGGCAGCGUGUUUUAAAGCUCGUCCCAACACAGUGGUGCACCAGGAGCCUUUUGUGCCCAAGAAAGAAAAUAAGCUGCUAUCAGAGAGCCUUUCUGGUUCCAUAGUUCCUGAAGGCUUUGAGCUGGCAACAGAAAAAAGGGCUAAAGAGCGGCAGGAAUUUGAAAAAAGAUUGGCGAACCUGGAAGCCAGAAGGGAGAUGCUUCGAGAACAGGCCAGACGGCAAGAAGAGGAGCGUGAAAAGGAAGAAGUUGCUAAACUAAGACAAGAACUGGUUCACAAGGCAAACCCAAUCCGCAAAUAUCGCAGCGUAGAAGUACAACCCAGUGACCAGCCACUGACCAUGCCGAAGUCUCCCAACUUCUCAGAUAGAUUCCAGUGCUGAUAUACAUCCAUGUGAUAGCAGGAGAGGAAGCCUAUCUCUCCCAGCCCUCUUGGUGGGCACAGAGAGAACAGUUGUUUUUAAUGUGACUCCUCACUCUCAAAUCCUACACUUAGCUCCGUUAUUCUUCUAUCAAGUAGUUUAACUCCACGUGAGGCAGAUGGCUGAGGCACAGCAUACAGGCUGUGCCAUCUAGUCCAUGGCUUGCUUUACAUCUAGACAUUUUAUUCUCUAAAGGCUAAACCAGGUUUUGAUAUUGUAUAAAAAUAGUGUACCUGAACUAAAUAAACAUUCUUAAUCUGAUCAA